AUGGACGUCGCCGACGCUCGCACUCCUCUUCAAGACGGCGAAUGCGCUCAACAAGCGCGGAUCGUCGGAAAAACCGCCGUUCUCGAUCCCGUUCUUCCGAACGCGACUAUAGAGAAACUGGGCGACGAGGACGAUCGAGAUCUACCGAGAGAUCGAAACCACCUUCAUCACAUACUAUGCGCAGAUCUACGUCGAGAGGAAGAAAGAGGUAAGGAAGAAGCCGUAUGA